UAUGUGAUAAUGGAACCAAUAGGAAUUUUUAAUUGAGGUUAUCAUUUAUUUGUAUAUUUUGGGUUUAUCAAAAUAUACGAUAAUACGUAAACAUUAUUGGUUGUUAAAUGUUAUACCAUAAAAUUUAAAAAGAAUUUUUUUUUCGAGAUAAAAUAAAAGGAACAAUGAAUCUGUCUAACCUUGAUAAACAUAAUCCUGAGCAAUCAUUCAAAGAUAAAUUUAGUAGAAGACGCUCUUUAUCAGAAUGUGCUGCUUCUUCUUCUAUUACAUCUGAUCAAAAUUACGAUGUAUUUAAUAUUAAAACUAGGGAAGAUGUUAAAAUCUUAUCCAAAAAUUAUGACGGAAUGGAAGAACAUCACAUGAAUGUUUUUUCCAAAUGGAAUCACUGUGAGUUAUUAAAUUCAGCUAUAGAUAGUUCGGUAACCGCACAGGAGAAAAUAUUUGAAACACACAAAAAUCUUGGUGCUCCAGAGAUUAUAAGAAGCGUGUCCGAAUUGAAUAUAUCAGAUUCAUUGGAAGAAGAAAAUAAAAAUGUAUCUAAAGAAAAAAUCUUCAAUGAUUUUGAAUCUAUAAAUUUUGAUGAAAUUUCAAGUACUCAAUCUGGUAACAGAAAAAAUUGGAGAAAAUAUAAGAAUAAUAAUGAGAGAUUGGAAUCUAGACAUGAUAUUCCUAAAAAGAAGACAACCGUUGAUGCUACUCAAAACAAUGAAGCACAGGAAUGCAUUCAAGAUGAGAUGAUGCAUAAUAUCUGCAAACCAUGCACCAAAUCUAAAAGACAGAUAACAAAAAAUACAAAUACAACCGUGUCAAAUUAUAAUGAAAAGAUACGCUUAUAUUGUUUAGAUAAUAAAGUCUUGAUAAUUAUGGAAGAAAAGACCAGUUUCUGUUUUACUGGCAAGUUAAUGGUAAAUGUGUUGUAUGGUACAAUAGAAAUUUAUGGCUUUCAUAUUACUAGCUCAAAUCCUCCGAUAGAAGUAUAUUCUCCAAAAGGAUACAAUCUUGUAGCUAUAGAAAAUAUACAAACGAGUCAAAAAUUUUUGCUUUCACACAAUAAAGAUAUAUGGACGUAUUUGUCCCAGGAAGGUAUUACUCCUGAUAUUCAAAAUGUAUUAAAAACAGAUAUCGAUCAAUGCAAACCGGGUAUGUCUAUAGUGAUAUUAAUGAAUUUGGAGAACAAUUUAACGGAAUUUGUAAACUCAUACUUUCCCAAAAAAUUAUUUCCCAAAGUUAGAAAUGUCAACAAUUAUUCUUGGACUGAUAUAAGAAGAGCAGAAAUGAUAGUACAGUCUAAUCUUUAUUUUGGUAAUGAUGAUUAUAAGAAACUGGUAAUCAACCCAAUCAUAACAGGAACACUUGCUGAACAAAUCUUAAAUCGUUGGCAUUCCAAGGUUUGGUCUUGUACGCUUUUAGCCGGUGGUAAAAAUGUUGGCAAAUCAACGACAGCACGUUAUUUAAUAAACACCAUAUUACAAACUUCUAAGAUGGUUGUUUUGGUGGAUGUUGAUCCUGGUCAAAAUGAAUGUACACCCCCGGAAAGUAUAUCAUAUACUUUGAUCGAUGAACCGUUAGCUGGGCCUAAUUUUACACAUCUAAAGCAACCGACAAAUCAAUUGUACAUAGGAGGUGUAGAUGUUUCUAGGUGUAUAAAGAGAUACACUGAAGGCCUUAAAUUGUUAGCAAAUAAGUUGUUAAGUUGUCCAGUCAUGUCACAUUUACCAAUUGUUAUAAAUACAAUGGGUUUUACCUAUGGUAUAGGAUGGGAUAUUGUAGUUUUUACGAUAAAACUUUUCCGGCCUUCUUUCGUUGUACAAAUAAUGUCUGAAAGGACAAAGAACAAUUACGCUAAUUUAUUGAGUAACGAUAUCAUAAAUAGACAAACUCUUGCAGGCUUUUCAUGGAGUAAAAAUAUUGCAGAUCUAAAUAAACCAUGUUCUCAUGAAUUACACGUUAUAAAUACAAAUGCUGAAAUGAAACGUAAAUCAAAGUGCGAUUCGUGGAGCAUUGAACCUUAUCAACAACGUGAACUUGCUAUGAUUUCAUAUCUAAGUGGAAUUAUUAAUUCCAAUGAAAAUUCCAUAUCUACGUCACUCAAUAUUAAUGAAGCUAUACCAUAUGUUGCACCUUUUGUUUCUUUAAAUAUUGCUUUACUUAAAGAACAUGUACCGUCUUCACAUGUAUUAAAUGUAAUCAAUGGUAAUAUAGUUGCUCUGUGUGGCAUUGAUUUGACAGGUGAUCUAUUGCAAGAAGCUGUUCCAUCGAAGCCUCGUAUAUUAACUAGAGCACCUUUGUGCAGUUGCUAUGGCUAUGGAAUAAUUCGUGGGGUUGACACGGAAAAAGAAGAAAUUUACAUAAUCUCUCCAUUGCCACUGACAAUAAUGCAAUCCGUAAAUUGUUUAGUAGGAUGCAUAUCAAUACCUGUGAAUUUAUUACAAUUAAAUCAACCAAAUGUUCCGUACGCAGGUGGAAAUGAUACUCAGCCAACUAGUCGUGAUCCACGUAGGGGAUAUUUUCGUAGGAGAUUUAAAAAGAAACGAAUUUCAAGUUAAGUUUUAUUUAUAAAGCAAUAAAACUAUUUUCUUAUUUUUUUUAUUACUAAUACGUUGACUGAUAAAGAAAAAAUAUAUUUGAUAUUAAAUAAUAUA